ACAGAAGUAGGGUUGUCGCCGGCCAUCAACAAUCCAAAUGAACUCCUACGACCCACAGGACACAGGUUCUCAACAGGAGGAAACCGUCGCGCUAAAGGGCCACUUCUACGGCGUCUACUUGCUAUGCAGCCAGAGCUUGGAUCCUCGCUACCGGGGAAAGUGCUACGUGGGCUUCACCGUGAACCCCAAACGGCGGAUACGCCAACACAAUCUUGGUUGUGACUUCGGCGGCGCGAGGAAAACCAGCCGCAAGGGGCCGUGGCUGAUGGUAAUGAUCGUGCACGGAUUCCCGAAUAAUACAGUGGCACUCCAGUUUGAAUGGGCUUGGCAACAGCCCUCGCUUUCAACCAGGCUUAAAAUGUACCCUGAAUUAAAACGAAAACUGCCCAGGGAGACGUUCUUUGACUACAACUUUAGGAUCCUCAGUCAUAUGCUGGGGGUUGGCCCUUGGAAUAGAUUACCUCUCACCGUUCGCUGGCUAGAAACGGAUUACGAGAGGCCAUUUAGCAAAACACUGCCUAACCACAUGGAAAUUGUGAGUGGCAAGGUUUCCAUUAGUGCCUCACAACGUAGGAGACCUGAUGAUGCAGUUCCGCCUCCACCUGUGGCGUGGGCUUCCGAGUGCCACCUUUGUAUGCAGCAAAUCGAGCAGCCGGAGAAAUCCCGCCUGGGAUGCACAAAUCAAAUGUGUCGGCUGACAUGCCAUAUGGUGUGCCUGGCCAAUUACCUUCUGGGCGACGAGCCAGGUCAUUACAUCCCAGUUGGAGGAGAGUGUCCGCUGUGUGAGACCCGUCUCAGCUGGGCAGCCCUGCUGCAGCGCAAACGUCUGCUUAUGGGCGUGCCUGAGGAACUGCAGGAUCAUGACGAGGAUCUGAGCGACGACAUUGAUGUGGACAGCGAUAUUGAAGAUGGCCAGGAGCUCAGCGAUUAGUUGAAGUGCUUUUAUUUACAAAUGCUAAUGUAUCGCAUGAGCUAAAAGUAUCUAAUGCGAUCUUAAAAGUAAACAUUUUAACUAAAUACUUAAGAAAAUAUAAAAUAGAAUAAAUAUUAUUAUUAAA